UUGCAGGAACAGCUGAUCAAAUUGCAGAAGCAGAAACUUCAGCUUCCUCAGCAGCAGGCAGCGCAGCAGACACAGCAAGGGGCACAACAGCAAACAGCACAAGUGCAAGUGCAGCAGCAACAGCAAACUCAACAACUCACUGCUGUUACAGCACCUCGUCCUGGUGCGGUUCUCACAGGCACUGCUGUGACCAACCUGCAAGUUGCUCGUCUUCUUCAAGCACAAGGACAGAUCCAGGCCCAAACUCCGCAAGCAGCACAGGUUGCUUUGGCAAAGCCUCCGGUGGUGUCUGUUCCAGCUGCUGUUGUGUCAUCUGCAGGAGUUACAACGCUCCCCGUUACUGUUGCAGGCAUUAGUGUUGCCAUUGGGCAGCCACAGAAAGCAGCAGGAGGCCAGACGGUAGUUGCACAGCCACUGCAUGUCCAGCAGCUUCUAAAACUCAAGCAUCAUCAAGCAGCACAGCAACAGAAAGCUAUCCAGCCUCAGGUCGCACAGGGUCAAGCUACUGUGCAACAAAAGAUAAAUGCUCAACAGGUUACGGUCCAAACCCAACAGCAGACUUCACAGCAACAAAAAGUAACUUAUACUACACAGCCUGCCAUUAAAACACAGUUUUUAACAACUCCAAUUUCCCAAACCCAGAAACCAGGUGGAACCCAGCAAGUGCAGGCCCAGAUUCAGGUACAGGUUGCAAAGCUUCCACAAGUGGUCCAGCAACAGGCUACUGUCGCCAACAUUCAACAGAUGGUUUCAGUUUCCCAACAGGUACAAGCUCAGCCUCAAACUGUGACGCUUUCUCAGACGACAGCAGGUCAGCAGCAGGUUCAGGUGAUUCCUGCAACAACUGCUACUGCUCAGGUCGUCCAACAGAAACUGAUACAACAGCAAGUUGUGACAACCGCAUCUCCCCAGAUUCAGGCUCCAGGUGUACAGAAUCCAGCCCAGACACCAGCAACAUCUGAAGCCCAGAAUCAGCAAGCGAAAGUACAAAUGAGAACGCCUACUGUCAGAUUAAAGGCACCUACUAAACCAAGUUGAACUAAUGAUUAAAAUGCAAUAACAGGGAAACACAGCAUUUCUUGUUUGCUAAGCCAAGUGAGAAGCUGCUCCAAACAUCCAAAUGAAGACAAACCACCUCUAUUUCUUUUUUUUAGCAGCAAGGGUUUUUUGCUGGUGAACAUUUAAACAUGGAAACUCACAUAUAACUUCAGCGUAUUAACAACUGUUCAGCACUCAAAAUCUGUACAAGAUGCAUUCUGCCAGUGUUUUCUGUGCUCAUUCAAACCAGAUAAAGCAAACAUUACUUACGUUUAAAUUCUGCCCAGCUUCACAAAAGUAAAAUGGUAAUAUGCCAUAAAUGCCAGUAAAUUUCAUCUAUGUUAGCGUACCAUAAACUGCCCGUGGGAAUAUGCAGUUCUUUGCUAUAGCUUGGGUGUGCGCUCGGUAUCCACGGUGAAGCCGUUCAAAGAACCAAGCGAGGCCAAUAUAGCAAAGUAUUUUCCAUCUGUAUAAAAGCUGCGUGGUGUUCUUGCUUGAGGUAAAUACCUCUGGAAGAUCUAACUGAUAUUUGAAGUGCUCCCUGCAAAGUUUAGCCAAUAAAUGUGAAAACCUGUAAGUAUAUGUAAUUAAAAAGGAAAAAAAGUUUCAUUCUCCAUUUUUUGUAAGUCUUUUAAAAUGUUUGUUAGUAGUUUUGUGUACAGUUUACUGAAUCACCCAACCUGUGUGGUCAUUCUCAUAUUUCACUUUAAGAUAAUGGAUAUUUUAGGCAUGAACUGAGUAAAUACUGUGUUGAUAGUAGAUGUGUAUUAAAGUGUAGCCCAUUUUUUUUUUUUUUUUUUUAAGAAUUGUUCGGUGGAUACAGCUAAACAAAUGAUCCAUAGCUGUUUCUCGUGGGGCUUCCGUCAAGGAAACUCUCCAGCUGAUAAAAUCUAAUCUCUCAGUUUCAUUCUGCUCUUGCAACAUGUUUAAAUGUUCAGUACUUUCUACUCGGCUUUCAGC